CCAGGAAGUGACAGACUGUCGCACAGAUAUUGCGUAUAUCUCCACUGCUGCACCAAAGUGCUAACGGUAAAGCACCCGGGAGCCAAAGCGGACUGCAGUCAUGUGGCCUGUAGUUUGGACGGCGGUACGGACCUAUGCCCCUUAUGUCACCUUCCCCGUGGCCUUUGUGGUGGGAGCAGUGGGCUACCACCUGGAGUGGUUUAUCAGAGGGACCCCAAAACCUCGGGAGGAGGUGAGCAUCCUGGAACUGAGGGAGGAGAGGAAGCUGCAGGAACAAGAGGGUAUGGACAGCACCCAGGUGCUUAGCCUCAAAGAGAAACUGGAGUUCACACCUAGAGCAGCUCUGAAUAGGAACCGGUCUGAGAAGAGCUAACCUGAGCUGGCGUGAGACACUUGCGAUUACCCUUUCUCAGCAGGAGGAUAAUGCAACGGGGCAACAAGGGUGAACCAGAAGGCAAAAACACCGUUUCCUCCUACUCACAUGAGCCAUACAUCCUCACUCCUGCAUCAGCUUACCUGUGUAAAAACACAAUUUGGACUUUUAUGGAGUCAAAUUUAGCUUUUAUGUGCUGGAUGUGAUUCUUAGACCUUCCCCUUGGUGUCACACAUAAAGCCUGUUCAUGCACUGAUCAACAAUUAAAACAAGACACUAUAAUUAAAACACCCUUAAAUACGGACCCAAGCUUUGAACUGAUGACAUGGUUUGACGGGCAUUGGUCAUUUUCUGUUAUAUUUAUAUCUAGUUGUGGUAUUAUGACACAACUGUUGUCUUCGCUGUUAAAUCACAUGCAAAUGAUGCAAGAGAUGACAAAGAUGCAAAUCAUCUUCAUGUUCCAAGUCUGUAGAAAAGCAUUUCUCCUUUUAAUCAUUUCUGUAUGUUGAGAAAGGACAUCUGAUUGUGAACAUAAAAGCGGAGGAAGAGGAGAGAGACAGGUCUUUGUUCUAGUUCCUUUUAUCUCAUGUAACCUUUGAUGGUAUGUGACAAAAGACGCCAACAGUGUGGGAGGUUUCUCAGGAAGUUUAAGCUAGUUAGUCUGGAAAAUCUACACAAUACUUUCAUUUUAGAAAGUCUGGAUGGUUUGCACACCAAGUUUUAAUUAUUAUGAAAAAUAUGAUGAAUAAAGGAAAUUUGUUUUCUGAAA